AGUACCAGUCGUACUCUCAAGCCCGUCAUGCACAGAAUCUGGCGCCGCCACCCCGCUACCGGUAGCUGCCAGGCGGCUCCAUGUGGAGAUGCCCUGCAGGCCAAGCGUGCUGCGCCGCUGAGGGAGCCGGCCCGCUUGUGCAUCUUCGCAUCUUGACAUGUUCACAUUUUCACGUCUUCACAUCUUGACAUCUUCACGCCUUCACGUCUUCCGUCUUCACACUUCCGUCUUCACAUCUUCGCGUCCUCCGUCUUCACAUCCCCGCGUCCUCCGUCUUCACAUCUUCGCGUCCUCCGUCUUCACAUCUCCACAUCCACGUCUUCACAUCUCCACGUCCACGUCUCCACGUCUUCCCGUCUGCAACCCACAACGCCCCCAGAGCCGACAGACGAGCGACUGCUGUCGCAUGUUGUAGAGACGCCGGCAUGUUCUCCGACCCUGCCGCGUCGCUGUACUGGCCGCCGGACGUGGCGCGCUACGACAUGGAGACGCUGCUGUUCUCGUCGUCCGGCUGGCUGCGCACCACCUGCAUCGUGCUCGCGCUCUUCUGGGUCGCCGUCCGCGCCUACCAGGUCCUCUCGCAGCCCGUCGAGACACUUGUGCACGUGCUCGGCCUCGAGGUCCCCGUCGCGCCGCUCGUCUCGCUCGCCGGCAUCAAGGCCGACGGCGUGCUGCUGCACUGGAAGUCGCCCGAGCGCGCCUCGGUGCUGCGGUACGUGAUCCGCAUCAACGGCAUCGACGUCGGCCAUGUCGCCCCGCACGACACGUCGGCCACCAUUGAGAACCUGCAGCCGGCCCGCCACUACACCAUCCGCGUCGUCACCUUCAACUCGUCCAACUUCCAGGCCCCCAGCGCGCCCAUCCGCCUGCGCACGCUGCCCGCCGACUCGGACCAGCACUAUGCCGCCGCCCCGCCCGCCGCCCACGGCCCUGCCACCGACGACGACGACGCCAACCCGCCCCCCGUGGUCCGCCCGAACAAGUCGCUCGCCGACGUCGCCACGCCGUUUGCUGCGCCGCUCAUGAGCCGCGAGCACAGCAACAGCACGGCCCGCCAGAGGCCGGGCAUCGCGCGCCGAUCGUCGCCCGCCUCGCAGACGGCAGACGACGCGCGCGCCGCGACCGACUCGAGCGAUUCCAUCCGCGCCCUGACGGAGAAGCUGGACGCGCUGCGCCGCGACCUCGACGACAUGGACCGCCAGAUCCAGGACGAGGACCAGGACGCCGUCACCCAGCGGCUCGUCCUGGUCGACCGGCGGGACGAGAAGAAGGCGGCCCUGAAGGAGAAGGAGGACGCCAGCCGCGACCUGCGCAAGGAGGUCGCGACCCUCGAGCGCCAGAGCGCUGCCGCACAGACGCGCCGCACCCACCAGGAGAGACUCUUCCGCCAGAAGGAGGCCGAGCGGAAGAAGCUAAAGGACGACACGGCCAAGUGGUCCCGCGAGUCUGUCGAGCUCCGUGCGACUGCCGCCAAGAUGAGGGAAGAGCAGGAGGCGUACAAGGAGGCGUCGCAGAAGCGCAUCCAGGACGCCAAGGACAGGUACGAGGAGGAAACGCAGGCCAACAAGCUGCUCGAGGACGCCAUCCGCGAAAAGGGAAUCCAGAUCAAAGCCCUGGAGGAGGAGAGGAAGCAGCUCGAGGACGGCCAGGACGGCGGCGAAGCUCCGGAUGGCACCGACAACGCCGAGCGCGAAGAGGACAACCGCUGGAAGAUGACCCUGGGCCUGUUGCAGCAGCAGUACGCCCAGGCCUGGCAGCUGUUCACCGAGGCAGACCGCGCCAAUCAGGAAGCUACCAACAGGCUGCAGUACUUGCAGCAGCGCCGCCUGAGCCAGCCGCAGCUCUACGACGACCCAGCCGUGCCGCGAGUUGGCCCGGCCAGGGGGACCGGCCAGCGCCAGCGCCCUCUGAGCAUGCGCGAAGGCAUGCUCAGUGCUCCCGGCGGCUUCGUGCAGACGUCUUCGGCGCCCUUUAACAGCAUGACGGUGUCUUCCUCGCCGCCGUUUGCCUCUGUCACGCCCUACUUCAAUCCUGUAAACGGCAUGGCGCUGCCUCCCCGCGGCCACGGACACACCAUCUCCUUCUCGCAAAUGUCUCAGGCUGAUCUCGAGUCACUGACCGGCGGUGCACCGAUGAGUCCCACUGCCGGCGCACUGCUCCCGGCUGGUCUCUUUGGCGACGACCUAGGCCUGACCGACAGCGAACAUGACGAUCUCAUCGGCCCACCCAGACUGUACUCGCUCGAGCCCUCGCCGAACACGCGCAAUGUCCUCCCUGGGCUUGGCGCUCUCGGGCACGCCAACCCGCCCAGCGACCAGCACACGCCCGUCUCGCCGCCCGAGAGUCCGUCGCCCAGUGUCUUGGCCAGUCCGCGCGAGAGCGGCCCGCUCCAGUUCUUCCCGAAUCCCGAAAACAUUGACCCCGACAAGCGCUCGAUACAGUCGUCCUCGAGCUCGUUUAUGAACUCCCAGAGCAGGUUUGGCGGACUGUUUGGAUUGAACAGGCAGCGGGGCAAGACCAUUUCUGGCCAGGGCCCUGCGCUGGGCUCUCUGAAGCCUUCCCAGAGCCAGUCGCUGCCCCGGCAAGAGUUUGGCCUCGACGCUGUGGGCUCAUCGCGUCGCCGCGGCAGCACCGAGGGCGCCUGGUACGACUCGUUUAUCCGAACAAAGACCCAGCCCGCGGAAGCGUCGAGCAGUCCAAAAGCUCAUGUGCCGACGCGCAAGCGCACGUUCAACAUGUUUGGCACCAGGAACGACCCUUGGCUGACGUCCGUGCUAGGAACGGAGCGACCGUCCUCGCCCCGUCAGGGCUCCACCAAGUCGGGCGAGGGCAUGGUUCUGCCUCGUCCCUCUACCGAGAGUCAGACGAGGUUCGGCUGGGGCGUCGACGCGUUUGGCGCCAGAAGCAGUCCGCUUGGCGUCGACUGGAGCGUCAACAACACAAACACCUCGUCGUGGUCGAGGAUGCCAUCGCGCCGCCCCUCUGUGCAGCACGGCUCGACCACGAACCUGGCCGUGAAUGAAGACUCGAUGCACGACGACAUCCUGGACUUUCCCUCCAACGUUCGCUCGCCCAUGCAGGCGCCGAUUGGCACACGGCCACAGUCGUCUGCAUCCCACAUGCCCCGAGACAUUCCCCCCCUGCCAGGAACGCCGCCCACCGCGCUCAAUCCGGCGGCAGCGGCCUUUACCCUGACGCUCGGGCUCGGUAAGAAGUCGGAGGAGGAGAAAGCGAAGCGCGCCGCGGAGAAGGAAGCCAAGCGCGCGGAAAAGGCCGAGAAGAAGGAGAAGACCAAGGCGGAGAGGUGCAAGGGCAAAGAAAAGGAGAAGCAAGUCGCCUUCGACCCCUCCGCCGACGGCAGCCACCCCGCGUCUCCGCACGAGCCCUUCCCCCGCCCAUCCCGCGACACGCCGUCCAUCAUCUCCACCGCCGACGCCUCGGAAGCUUCGCCGCGCGAAUCCCUCGAGCGCAGCGUCUCCCAGGCCACGUCGGACCACACGGGCUCCGUCGGCAAGGAGUCGUUCAUGCAGAAGCUCACGCGCAAGGGCAGCACGUCGCAGUUCCUCUCGUUUGGCAAGAAGAACCCGCUGUUCGCCAAAAAGGGCGAGGUGCCCGGCACGCCCGACGCGGCGGACGAGCUCGACGGCUCCAGCGGCUUCUUCGGCAAGAGCGUCGAUGGCAGCAACCACAACUCCCCGAGUCUGGGCACGCCCAAGGACAAGGGCGGCCUGCUGGGCUGGGGCAGCAUCAAGCGCAUUGGCAGGAAGGACAAGACGCCGAGUCUGCACGAGAGCAUUGCCAGCGAGGCCACGGGCGACGAGGACGUGGCUGAUGAGGGGCAUGUGGAGGGGCUGGGGCUGAAGGCGUGAUGAGUAUAUAUCCCUGUAAUCAACUCGUAUCGUUUGUGUGCAUCCUGCUCCCUGUCGCCUGGAUGCGUGAAGAGUGAGCAGUAGGUUGAGGCCAAGUGCGGUGCGCGACAAGCCGGGCACAUUGUUUGGCGACAAGCCGGGCACAUUGUUUGGCGACAAGCCGGGCACAUUAUUUGGCGACAAGCCGGGCACAUUAUUUGGAGAC